GGCGGAUGACGACACGGCGGCGGUUGGCGGCCGUAGGCGGCGGUUGGCGACGGUAGGCGGCAGCAGUCGGUCGGCGGCACGCGUGCAGCCAUGCCCAUUUCCCAGGUCUUCCUGCAGGGUCGCUGCCACUUCGCCGACAGGUGCCGGAACGCGCAAGCCAGCGGCCGCUGGGGGCGCCCCUACCCAGCAGCUCCCGUCAGAGGAGCCAGACGAGGAUGGGGUGCCGCUACCCGGAGAUACGCAAACCAUAUCCGGCCGCGGGUGUUCCAGCGCACGGCAGGAGCUGGAGGAGGAGGAGGAAUGGGUGCUUCUACCCAGAGAAACACAAACCUUCUCCAGCCAGCCGUUUUCCAGCACACGGCAGGAGGAGGAGGAGGAUGGGGCGCUCCCGCAGCCGUUACGCAGCCUCCUGUGUUUGCAAACAGCACAUCGGGUGGCAGCGGUGAUGGAGGAGGACUCUCUGGUGCCUCCGGUUUUGGACCAGCGGGCAACAACGGUGCGGUCCUCUCGCAGAACGCAUUCUCUGCGUUAAGCAGUGCACAGCCUGCUGAUGGCCAGAGAGAUGGACAGCAGAGCCUUCUUGACGUUAUAGCGGAAGACAUGGCAACGUGGGAAUCUUCUGGACAGUGGAUGUUUUCGUGUUACUCUCCUGAGACAGGCAAGCCUAAUGUUCCAGGCUUUGGAGAGUUCUCGGCUGAGGAGGUGCGUCUGGAGUAUUAUAACUGCAGUGCAAACAACAACACUGGCUACUACAUCAACUCUGUCAAUCAGUUAGUGCAGCAGUGGAGAAAGAGGCUGCAGGAGCUGAAGGCUUUAAAUGGCUCGGGAAAAGCAGCGAUGCAGAAUGGCGGUGGAGGAGGAGGAGGAAUGGGUGCUGCUACCCAGAGAAACACCAACCUUAUCAGGCCAGCCAUGUUCCAACACACGGCAGGAGGAGGAGCAGGAGCAGGAGGAGGAGGAACAGGAGGAGGAAUGGGUGCUUCUAGCCAGACAAACACCAACCUUAUCCAGCCAGCCAUGUUCCAGCACACGGCAGCAGGUGGAGGAGGCGCUGGAGGAGGAAUGGGUACCACUACCCAGAGAAACAAAAACCUUAUCAGGCCAGCCAUGUUCCAGCACACGGCAGGAGGUGGCUUUGGAGAGUUCUCGGCUGAGGAGGUGCGUCUGGAGUAUUAUAACUGCAGUGCAAACAACAACACUGGCUACUACAUCAACUCUGUCAAUCAGUUAGUGCAGCAGUGGAGAAAGAGGCUGCAGGAGCUGAAGGCUUUAAAUGGCUCGGGAAAAGCAGCGAUGGUAAGUGUUGAGGAAAGUCGUCAGAUUGAUGGUGCUAGGGUGUUUGACAGAGAAUAG